AUGAGCACCUUAUACUCUCUCGGAGGCCUGACCGGCGUGCUCGGUGUGAUAGGAGCUUAUAUGCUCUUCACCGGUUCUGGCGAGGCCUUCAACGUCGGCGCGUUCCUUGAAUCUAUCUCGCCCGCAGGAUAUGGCGGCAUAGGCAUCGGCCUCUGCAUCGGCCUGUCAGUUGUGGGAGCAGCAUGGGGCAUCUUCAUAACCGGCUCCUCGAUCGUCGGCGGUGGCGUCCGUGCCCCGCGCAUCCGCACGAAGAACCUCAUCUCCAUCAUCUUCUGCGAGGUCGUCGCCAUCUACGGCGUCAUCAUGUCCAUCGUCUUCUCCGCCAAACUCGCCGGCGUCCAGGGCGCCGAACUCUACGACGCCAAGACCUACUACACGGGGUUUGCGCUGUUCUGGGCUGGCCUGACGGUGGGCAUGUGCAAUCUGAUCUGCGGUGUCGCGGUCGGUAUCAAUGGCAGUGGUGCCGCGCUGGCAGAUGCUGCGGACCCUACGCUAUUCGUCAAGAUCCUGGUCAUUGAGAUUUUCAGCUCUGUCCUCGGUCUGUUUGGCCUGAUCGUGGGCUUGCUCGUCUCCAGCAAGGCGACCGAAUUCGGUGAGGCGUAGAGGAGGUGGAGCAACAGAUGCCAGCGAGGUGUGAAUUGUAACAAGUUCAAUAUCGGGAUUCAAGAAGGUUGUGGCCUGCCGGGGAGGUGUUGCUUGGUCAGAAAAUCAUCGUCACAUUUCAAGGCGUUUGGGGGAUAGCAUAAGAGAAGGGAAGCCGUCAAAUUUUCAGGUGUACACUACUACUACUAUCUUACAAACCAUCGAAGGGAAUUCAUCACAUACC